AUGACAGAGUUACAGCUCGUAGGAGGAAUCAAGCAACUGAACCAAAGCAACUACAAACAAUGGUCAACAUGCAUCAAAUCGUAUCUUCAAGGUAAAGAUCUUUGGCAGGUGAUGAACGGUACCAAGACAAGACAACCCACAAACGAUAUCAACAGUACUAUCGGGAAGUGGCAGGUGAAAGCGACUCGGGUGAUGUUUAUCAUCAAGACAACAGUUGAUGAAGAUGUUCUUGAUCACAUUCAAGAUCUCGAAUUCCCAAAGCAAGCGUGGGAUACACUUGAAACCUUAUUUACGAAGAAAGAUGCUCAGUUACAACUAGUCAAAGGCGAACUAAUGACGGCAUCUCAAGGUGAUCUUCCUAUUUCACAAUAUUUUCAAAAAAUUAAAAACCUAUGUCGUGAAAUUGGAGAACUAGAUCCACAGUCUCGGGUUAGCGAUGCUUGUAUGAAGCGGAUACUCAUCCACGGUUUAAGACCGGAGUAUCGUAGCUUUGUUACCGCUAUCCAAGGGUGGGCGACCCAACCGAGUAUAACCAAGUUCGAGAAUAUUCUUGCUGGCAAAAAACUUUAG